AUGGCUGGUGCCUUUUCCGGCACGAGCGAUUUAGUCGUGCUAGGCUGCGCGACGGCCCUGCUCCUAUUCAUUCUACGGCGACAGCGUGUCGCCAAUCGGCACCUUCCACCGAGUCCAGCGGGUGCGCUCCCCUUCCUUGGUCACAUGUUCGUGCUUCCGAAACGCCAGCCGUGGUUCAAGAUGGAACAGUGGACGAGGGAGCUAGGUGAGUCCCUUCAGGCAGGCUCCCUUUGAUCACGCUCGGGCCGAACUUCGGGGUCAAGAAUCUGGUCCGGCGGGAAGCCGACACUCUCUCUGAAUCCGAGCGCUGUCAGCCGAAAGGAGACUGGCGCCGCAUCGAGGCCGAAAGGGCGAACGGCUGAUGCUACGGCCAUCCGAUUUCCAACUGCACCCAGGUCCCAUCUACUCGAUCAAGCUCGGCUCUCAGCUUUUCGUCAUCCUCGGACGAGCUUCGGCUGCGGUGGAUUUACUCGACAAGCGUUCCAGAAUCUACUCGUCUCGUCCACACCGCAUCAUGAUAUCCGACAUUGCCUCUCGCGGGUAUAGGAUGGUCUUGAUGCCUUAUGGCGAUCGCUGGCGCAAGCAGAGGCGACUACUCCACCCCAUCACCAACAUCAAGGCCUCGAGCUGUUACGAAGGCAUCCAAUCGAUGGAAAGCGCUCAGCUGGUCCGGGACUUGCUUCGGGAUCCUCAAAAUUUUAUGAAUCAUGCCCAGAGGCAAGUCUAUCUCAGCGUUAUAUUCACCGUUUUCUCUUUCUAUUUGGCCUUACAGUUUAUCCAGACUAAACACAAAUAGGUUCGCUGGCUCAAACAUCAUGCAAAUUACAUAUAACAAGCGGGCUCAAAGUUGGGACGAUCCGGCGAUCACCAAGAUGGCCGAGAUCGGUAGUUAUUUGGGACCGUUGGCGGUCAUCGGCAGCUCGAUCGUCGAUAUCUGGCCUUGUCUGAACCGCUUACCGAGAUUUCUCGCGCCAUGGAAGAAGCGGGGCGACGAGCUGUUCAACAUGAGUUACACGUUGUACAGACGCCACUACGACGACGUUAAGCGAGAGGUCCAGCAAGGGGGUGCCCCCGUCUCCUUUGCAGCCGAUAUUAUCAGACUGCGGCAAGAGUACAAAAUCUCCGAAAUCGAGGGAAUGUUCCUCGCUGGCUCUAUCUAUGGUUAGUGUGACCCGUCUUGGAGCGUGGAAGAGAAGGCCGGACCGGCCUCGAUCUUGACCUGUUGGCCCUCCCUGCUCUCAGCUGCCGGCUCGAUCACGACUUCAGAUGCGACGGAAACCUUCAUCCUUCUGAUGGUAGCGCAUCCCGAGGUUCUAAUCAAAGCCCAAGAAGAGAUCGAUCGCGUCGUCGGUUGCAAACGACUCCCCGAGUUCAGUGAUCAAGACGACCUUGUGUACUGCCAAGCCAUCCUACGCGAGUGCAUGCGCUUCAGGAGCGUAACGGCGGGAGGGGUCACGCAUUGCACUAUGGAAGACGAUACUUACAAUGGUCAGUAUCAUUGGACUUGGAUUCGAGCGGAGUAGUACUCACGAAUGUGGUCCUCCGCAGGUUACUUUAUACCCAAGGGCACAGCUGUGCUGGCGUGCCACUGGGCGAUCCAUCUCGAUCCUGUGAGCACGUCCUACGUUAGACCUAAGUACGACUGCUCAUCUUAUGUAGUUCAAUUUUGAACUUUACAGGAGGUAUAUCCGGAACCCCACAAGUUUAACCCAGACCGCUUCGUCGUCGACGGUGAGCUCGUGGGGACCAAGUAUUCCGAAAGGGGUCAUCACACCUACGGAUUCGGUCGUCGCAUCUGUCCGGGCAUGCACAUCGCGGACCGGUCGCUUUUUAUCGCCUUCACCCGCAUCAUGUGGGCCUGCGAGCUCCUACCUCAAAUCGAUGACGAAGGCAAUGCGAUCCCUGUGGACGUGAAUCGUUUCACGGACGGCCUCGCGACGGCGCCGUUGCCUUUCCAGUGCCGAAUUCAGAGCCGGGGCAAGUGGGUUGAGGAAGCGCUGGACUCCUUUGCCUUCUGA